AUGUCCUGGCAGAAGGAGAUUCGUCCCACCCGGGAGAAUUCUAGCCUCCCACUGUACGACAACGCGCCCGAGGCGGCCACAGAGCCCGAACCGCUCAGCCGCCGUGAACAACGACGCCUCCGUCGUCGAACCGCCCGCAACUUUUCCGAGGUUGCCCAGGUCGCUUCCCCAGACGACCUCGAGAAUGAAACCAAGGUUCGUGAGUCCACCAAGAAGGGCCAGGCUUCCGCUAACAAGAAACAGGAUGGUCAGGAUGACGCCAACACCACGGCCGAGACGAUUGGUGAGUCGAGCAAGGACUCUCCCUCUGAUGCUCCGGCCGCACCAUCCUCUGACCCUGAGACUGGCAGUCCCGAGGAUAAAGACUGCGGCGAGGAUGCGGACAAGGGGGAGUAA